CAUAUAUCCGUUUUCAAAAGGUUUUCUUCGGCAGUCAAGGUUUUGCACCAACUAGUGUGCAUUAUUAUGGGCACAUGAUGGAAAUGAUCAUGAAAACAAUAUGGCAACACUAGAUUUCCGAGUAAGGAUGGAACACAUCUUACCUGAUCUUUCUAGCUUAGAAAUGGAAGUAAACCAUAGUGAGGAUGCCAAUUCUAUUAGCCCAUCAGAAGACAGCAACGAACGGGCAUGUUCAUCUGUAGACUCAGCUGAGGAAUUCGAUCCACCUGAGGAGUCAAGCUCCCAGGACGAAAAAAAUCCUCCAAUAUCCAGUGACAAUAUUGAUAAUGGAAUUGAAACACAAAAUGUUUUUGAUGAGGAGGGAACUUGCUUUUCAGACGACGCAAAAGAUGCUGACAUUUGUAAGAAACUUCUUGCUAAGUAUAUGUGCAUGGUAUGUGGUAAGAUGUUUUAUCGGAAACCUGAUUUUACUGUUCAUCAGAGGACGCACACGGGGGAAAGACCAUACACUUGCACUAUAUGUGCAAAAAAGUUUACUCAAAGCUCUAGUUUAGCUCGACACCUUAGAGUCCACUCUGACGUAAAACCUUUCAUGUGUACAGAUUGUGGGAAAAGUUUUAGCCAGAACUCACAUCUUGUAACACACCAGAGAAUACACACCGGUGAAAAACCUUAUUCUUGUAAUGAAUGCGGAAAAUGCUUCAGUGGUAGCUCAAAUCUGGUGAAGCACAAGAAAGUCCAUGCUGGGGAGAAAGCUUGGCAUUGCCCUGGAUGUGGCAAAAGCUUCACAUGCAGCUCACAGCUCCGUACACAUCUUCGGGUCCACACCAAUGAAAAACCCUAUGCUUGUGAAAUAUGUGGUAAGUGUUUUAGCAGCAGCUCAAAUCUAGUUACUCAUCAGAGAGUCCACACCGGGGAGAGGCCUUACAGCUGUUCUGAAUGUGGAAAAAGGUUUACUCAGAGCUCAAGUCUUGUAGUGCACUGGCGAGUUCACACGGUGGAGAAACCAUUUACAUGUACAUUCUGUGGGAAAGGUUUUAGCCAUAACUCUCUUCUCGUGAAACACCAGAAAACUCAUACUGAAGAGAGGCCCUACAUCUGCAUUGAGUGUGGAAAAGGUUUUACUGGUAGCUCAGCUCUGGUUAGACACCAGAAAGUGCAUACAGAAGAAAGACCAUAUACUUGUAAUGAAUGUGGCAAGAAAUUUAAAGACAAGUCGAGCCUUGUAAGACAUACUCGAGUUCACAAUGAAGAGAAACCAUAUACUUGUGCAAGCUGUGGAGAAAGCUUCAAUGAUGGCUCAAUUCUUUUAGAACAUCUUAGGACCCAUGUUUCUGAAGAGACUGCAAUAAAUGAGGGCUGA